AUGAAAAGACCAAUCUCUCCUGACCCUCAACCUGGCUCGAGCCCGGCUACCGAGACCACCAAAAAGGCCUGCCUUCAACCUGCCACGAAUUCCCCGAAGGAAGGGUCCCCCGCUUCAGUGCCCAUUGUGGGCGCCGACGAAGCCUGCGCCAGGAAGCUUAAUAUCACCUGCACGUACCCCCAACCCGUCAGCGUCGAAGACGACGACACGUAUGAUUUGGACCCGACCGGUGACAUUGUUAUUGUGCUUGGAGACGAGGACCGCCUGCUGCCCUCCGAUUUGGCUGAAUUGACACCUGAGUGGCUCAGUAAUGCCAAAAAUAGACGCGACCCUGACCCUACAGGCGACGAAGAAUACCGGGAGUAUCAGAUCCGUUGCUCAUCGAAACAUCUAAUGCUGGCAAGCAAGACCUUUGAGCGCCAGCUACCUUACUUCAUGGAUGAGAUAGAGAAACAUGGUUUUGUCGAAAUCGGAUUGUUCGAUGAACCCCCCCGUAUCUUCUUGUUGGUUCUGAUGAUUAUCCAUGGGCGGACUCGACUGCUUCCACGAAAGAUAGGGCUUUCUACCCUGGCAGGCGUGGCGGAGCUUUCCCAUAAACUUGAAUGUGAAGAGGCUGUCAAUGCCUCCGCACAGCUGUGGAUUAGCAAAUUUGGAAAAGAUCUCCCUCGAGUUUAUAGCAAGUAUGCGAGAUGGUGGCUGCAGAUUUCAUGGGUUUUUCAGGGGAAGUAUGUUUUUCAAAAGAUUACAAAAGUCAUCCAGGCGACUAGCACCGAUGCAAUUGAGGGAAACUUGUUAUGUGUGCCAGAUACCAUUAUAGACGAGCUCAACGAGGCACGUUACCGAUGCAUCGAGCAUCUGAUUUCCGCACUGCAAGGUCUCUUAAAAGACCUCGCAACCGGUGACAACAACAGCCAGUGGUGUACUCCUACAGACCCUGACAGCAAACAUCUCUGUCUUUCCUCUGUACUCGGAGACCUCACAACUCAUAUGUAUUCCGAGGGCCUCCUAAUUCCCGAACCCAAACGCCCUUAUCCCGGCAUCGGUUUCGGACCUCUGAUGGAACGCUUUGUUGCCAAGGCAGAAGAUUCCUCUUAUUCGUGUCACGGCUCUGAAGAGCCGGAGUGUAGACUCCUAGCACGUAUUACUCGGCUCUUCAAGGACAUCCAACAGCCGCUGGGGUUGGAUAUCAAUAGUUCGCAGCUUGCAGGCCUUGAGGAGGAUGCCGAGCAAUAA